GCAAGGAAUGCGCGCGAUCGCAAUGGCGAUCGCGAUCGCCUUCGCGAGCGUCGGAUCGGCGCUGGAAGAUAGCGACUUCCUUUUCGUCCCUCCGGUCUUCGAUGUCACAUCCUUUGGCGCGCUUGGCGAUGGCGAGACGGACGACUCCCAGGCAUUUUUGAGCGCCUGGGAAGCUGCUUGCUUCGUCCCGUCCUCCACAGUGCUGUUCCCAGCAACAUACUCGUUUGUGAUCGGGCCAGUGGAGCUCUCGGGUCCUUGCGCGGAUUAUAUCACUUUGCGGGUGGAUGGAACAAUCAUGGCAAGGGAUGAUCUUAGUAACUGGAACGUAGACCUUGAUGGCUGGCUGGUUUUCAGUGGUCUCCAGCUUUUCAGGCUAACCGGCUAUGGUGUGAUAGACGGAAGAGGUGACUUUUGGUGGGCUUACUCAUGCAAGAUCUAUCCUUUUGCGGAUUGCCGAACGAAAUCACCAACCGUAGGUUACCUCUCGUCCGCCUCUCGAACUUUCAGAACUAAACAAAAAGAACAAGCAUGGGAUCGCUUUGAAACUUCUAUAUCCUUGAGUCGGUGCUUUUUUUUCUCUCAUUCAACGCUAAUGUAUCUCUCUCAGCUCGCAGUCCGUAUUGCUGAGACGCAGCAGUGCCGUGGAGAUCUCCUACUUGACCUUGAAAGACAGCCAGGAAUUCCAUCUCUCAGUGGAAAGCUGCAACGAGGUCUACAUGACAGGACUACAAGUUGUUGCUCCCAGCGACAGUCCCAACACAGAUGGUAUACAUAUUGUCCGCUCGGAAAACGUUUAUCUCCAGGACACUCUCAUCGGCACAGGGGACGAUUGCAUCUCCAUACAAACAGGCUCGUAUAACAUUUAUAUCGAGAGAGUGACUUGUGGUCCGGGCCACGGUGUGAGGUGGCCUUGGAAAAUAUGACUCCUGGGCUUGCGUUGCUGGUGUUUAUGUCAAGGACCUUGUCAUAAAUGGAGCCCAAAACGGCUUGAG